AUGUGCGAAGUUGAUGGCUUAGAUGUGCCUUCUGGUGUAAAACGGGCUAAGUAUGAAGACCCCACUGAUUCCUAUCCAAAUACUAUUUCCGAAUUUGACGUUGGAAUUUCCGAGUUUCUUCUUCCAAACAGGAUUGGUUUCAAGGGGACGUUGAAGGGCCGGCAAGCCUCUGAUGAUAAAAGUGAACGUGAAAACUUUCACAAAGCAAUCCGGUCAAGUUACCCGGCUCUUGUUAGCAAAACAGUUGAGAUUGAUAACAAUCGGUUCAUAAUUGUGACGCGAAGCAGUUUGACUAAAGGUAAAAAGGAUUGGGAACGUUCAUCGAGAACUCACGACCCACCUAAGCAUAAACCUUACUGCCAUUUCGUCCUGUACAAGGAAGGCAAAGACACAAUGCAAGCUCUCCAUGUGAUUGGCCGCAUGCUCAAGAUCAAUUCUAACUCCUUUACCUACGCUGGAACAAAGGAUAAACGGGCGAUCACAACACAGAAUGUUUCUAUUAAAAACGUCUCUUCGCGCCGUUUGGCCUCCUUGAAUCCACGUCUGAAUGGAAUCAAAUUAGGAAACUUUAAAUAUUCAUCUGAGCCAAUUGCGCUUGGGGAUUUACACGGCAACAGAUUCUCCGUCGUUAUUCGGGAUGUUGUCGCUGACGACAGCGUAAUUCAUAAGGCUGUCCAAGAGUGGCAAAAACACGGAUUUAUUAAUUAUUUUGGCCUUCAAAGAUUCGGCCAUUGUAAUGAAGCGCGAACCUAUGAUAUAGGAAAAGAAAUUAUCAAGUCUAGUUGGGAGAAGGCUAUCGAUCUCAUCCUCACUCCAACCACUUCAGAUUUGCCCAUCGUUCGCCAGGUAAAAGAGCGAUAUUUAAAAACUCAAGACGCUAAAGCAUGCGGGGACGACAUACCACAAUGUCUAGAGAAAACCUUGCUCCUCGGUAUCGCCCGCCAUGGGAAAACACUCACUGCCCUCCAGGUGCUACCACGAAACCUGCGCCAUCUAUACGCACACAGUUACCAGAGUCUCGUGUGGAAUAAGGUAGCUAGUCGUCGUGUCCGUGAAUUGGGCAUAGACGAAGACUACAAGGCCCGUGUCGGGGACCUAUACUUCCCCCAGUGUCCAUCGAUUUCGAAAGGCCUGCGCUCAGUAGACUCGUCUUCGGAGUUGUGCUACGACGACGCCUUCAACGAGUCCUCAAAGCCGGAAGAAUUUCGGCCCUCGAAACCGCCAGUUACCCCCGCAGCGCCUUCCCGAGUUACCGCAGAUGGUGAACGGCCUUCCAUCCACCAGGUUGUGCUGCCUCUCCCCGGUUACGAAGUUGUCUUUCCCGACAAUGAGUGUAUGGAUUUUGCUCUUCCCGGGUCCUACCGUCAUCUGAUUGUCAAACCGGAGGAUGUUCACUACGAGAUUCACGAGUACGUCGACCCAAAAAAGCCUCUAAUUCAGAGCGACUAUGCCGCCAUGUGUGCAGAAUCAUCGUCGCAGUCUAAACCGGAUGAACAACAGUCUCCCUCACCAGAGAGUGAAAAAUUUCGGGCUUUGGUCCUUGAAUUUACCUUACCAAAAGCUGCCUACGCAACAAUGGCAAUCCGCGAGUUAAUGAGAGAUGUCACUGUUGUUCAGUAG